AUGUCUUUCCCGCAAAAUUACGAAUUAACAGAUAUUUUCAAAUUACAGAUUAAGGAAUAUUCAAGCCGCCAAGGGACACCUCGACAAAAUUCGAGCAAACAUGACAGCUUUUAUCUUCCAAGUAUUGAUUCUGCCUUUGGAGAUUCAGACAGUCUAUCUCCUACCUCAAAUAGUCCCAGUCAAGAUGAUGAAUCACCUUCUGUACUUUCGCUGGAAGAUUUCGAUUAUUUUCGAGACAAAGAGAAAUUUUCCACCGAGGUCAAGAAGGAAGACGCUUACAUUCUAAGUAGCAAAGACAUGCAAGAUAUCGAAAGCAGAGUCGAUGAAAAGUUUAGAGAAGAUUUCAAAAAGAUAUGGCAAGAUGCCAAGGCGAAAGAAUUGCGCAUAAAAAAGAAGUUUUCCAAAAUUAUCGCUCACGCACGCUCGACACUGAUAGAAUCAAGAAUUCAUGCAGAGAAAGAAGCGAUAAACCGGCUGGAACAGAGAGCAGAAAAUAAGCAGACAGAAAUUAUGAAAAAGAGGUUCGAAAGAAACCGGAAAAUCGUGACAGAGAAAGCCGAGAGAGAAAGCAAAGACCAUAACUCUGGUGCUGAUGAGAAAUGGGUGAGGGAACAUUUGGAAGAAAUGGCUGCCUUGAGAAAAAUUCAGUCCGAUUUGGAUAGAGCGAAGGCACGACGAAGGAACGGGGUAGCUUCAAUGAGUUUAAAUAAAAAGGGAAAGUUGCGCAAACUAAUGCAGACUGAAAUACGCAGACUACAUCGAAUCGAUGAAAUUAACCAUCUUAUAAAAGACUUGAACGAGCUCGGCUUAAACGAACAAGCAGCUGCACUAAGUCUAAACUUACAGUCGAAACAACAAGCGGAUACCUCACUUCGCGACAAGGUUAGAGAGGAAAGAGGCCGGGCAAGAACGGAGGCAUUAAAAAGGAAGGAAGAGGAAGUAGAAAAAUUACGGCAAGAGAGAAUUUUUGAGAUGACAAUUCUGGAGAAAGAAAGAAAAGUGAGAGAAGAGAAAGAGAGGUACCAGCGAAUGAUGGCCGCUCUCGCGCGAAAGGCGCAUAACCAAGAGUUAAAACGAGCGUAUAAUCAAACUAUGUUAACUUCACGGAUUUCCAGAUCACAUUCAUUCACCUAUUUUCCAUCUCCAUCACGAAAAUAGAAAAGUUAAAAAAGGUGGAUACGUACUCAGCGUGCAGAGAAAGUAGUGUCCGAUAGCCCGGGGCUAGUGGAUUUUGCUAUCGGGCUAGUGAAUUCUGUUUUUAACUUACCCGACGGGCAAGUGAUGUUUUUUGAGGAAUUCGAAUAACAGAAAAACUGUGAAAACAAUUCUGUUAGUCAAAAAGUUUUUGAGGCUAGUUGAAAUGACGUCUGGGCUAGUAAAUGCCGGCUUCAGCUUGCCCGAAUGGAAAGCUGUGAAAACGAUUUUCUUUGCACCCUGGUACUCAAACAUAACUCAGUGAGACAAACGAUCGCAAGAUAUGGUUGUUUAUAUCCUAGGGAGUCUUUUAAAAUAACUAUAUAAAACAGCUUAUAAUCCUCAUUACGAGUAUUGGUAAAUUAAUAAACACAUAGAAUAAGGAAUAUCUUCUUUGCCUAUCAGUUACAGUUAUCUGAAGACAUUAUGGAUAAUUGAUUCUAUUUUAGUAAUCUCAUUUUUAGAGUUUGAGUCAAUUUUGUAAACUUGCAUUUCUACUAUAUAAAAAAUGUAUUUGGAGGGAUUUCAAUAAAAUCAAAUUUCUCAGUAGAGUUUUGACUGAAUUGUAAUAAGCACAACUGAAAUUAGAUAAUAGACAAGAAGGAUGGAAGAAUUUAUGAUCUAGACAGGCGUCAUUUCUUGGUCAUAACUGAAAAAUUCCUACACAAUAGACUGUCAGUUUUCUUUAAACGAGGGAAAAAUCCGCGAGCGAGAAAAAACAAACGAGCGGCAAAGCCCAUUUUGCCUAAUCAAAAUGACAAACUCCGCACUCAGAGAGCAAAAUGUAAACGUGUCAUGCAAGCAAAUUUCAAUCAUUUAAGCAUGAAACUCAGAUUAACAAAGUAGUAAGACCGAUAGCCUGCGAUCAGACAGUCCUUCUUCCUUUUUUGCGCGCUCCCCCGGAAAUAGAAAAAGGACGACUGAUCGCAGGUUACCAUGGCUACACGACCGAGUGUUAAGGGCGCUGUACGUGACCUGCCUCUGUGGGUCUCGGGUUUCGAGAUCCGUGCGCUCGAGCUUUCGGUGUCCAAUUAAAAUACGAAAAUUAUACUUUGAUUUCCACAGAGAACUAGGUCAAAAACGUUUUUUGUCUAAAAGUUAUGAGAUUAGUAGCCAUUAUGUGAUAAAGUAGAAAAUGAGGUCACAACAAUAAGCGAAAAACAAAAAAUUUGUGUGUGGACUGUGUUUGAGUCUCUUGAAAAUUCACAUUCUUGUUCAAGUUCAUGUUCCACGAAUUUUGAUAAAUAAACUGUUUGACAUAGCAUCAUCGCAAAGAAUGUCAUUAUUUCAGCUGUAAAAACAAAGUGGCGGGAGUGUGUGCAGAAGCUCGCAGUGGAAAAUAAUUACCGUGUGUUUUAUUGAAAAGAUGGGGAAACAGCUCAACCGUCGGCUUGCCUUGCCACUCCGUUUAAAAAACAAAGCUGCGGGGAUCACAUUUUUUAAUCACUUGCUUUAUCGGCGGUAGGUCGUAUUAUGAUUUAUUUCGCAAACUCCCAUUAAAUUCUUCACCCUCAUUGGGUAUGUAAGAACUCUUUAAUGACCUCGUCUUUACAUCUGGUGAACGGCUCAAAUUCCACUGGAGCUAAUUUGGAUGAAGUGUUUUGUCCAAUGAUCGCCAAGGUUAGGGUUCAAAUCUUCGUCAAGCCUGAACUUUACAUAAUCUCUUCAUCUGCUCAAGUUAUUCACGAAAAUGCGAGGAGUGCAUUUGUCAUUCACUUGCUUCAUCCGGAGUUCACAUUUGUCGUAUAACUUCAGUUAUUUGACAAAUUAAAUAAUAGUUUUUGUCUUAUACUCUUCGUUUAUUAUGAUACUAUUGGGUGAGAUACACUUUUGUUGGUAUGGAGAAGCGAUAGGAGAGUUAUUUCUCUCUAAAUUUGGUCAGAAGCAUUCCAUGUCUCAUAAUUUCAUCUUCAAUGAUCGCUGUUUUUUGUAACGCGUUUGUAAGGUGAGAAAAUGACAAUUCUAUACCAUGAAUAAUUGAUUUAACGCAUGGAAGACAUAUAGCAAAAGAACUUGACCGACACAAUUUCGCUAUAAAAUUUUCGCCAGCCCGAAGCGUUUCAACAACUUCCUUAUCAAUUAAGGUACCUUCCUGUUUUUAGUCUGACUCACGAUCACCUUGCCGUUUUUGCACCAAGCGCGGGAAGCGCUGUAUUGGUCGUAAUCAGUAUGAUUCAAUCAACUUUGAUCAAUCGAUAACGGAAGGAGGACGAAAGAAACUACAUGGACGAGAUAUAAGGCGAUAAGCAAGGAAAAAAGAAUUAAUUACCACCGUUUGAGAUGAUAGAAAAGAUAUGGUGUGUCUAAUAGCGUCAUCACCUAAAACAAUAAAAAAACCAGUUUCUUGAACGACCUCAAUUAACGAAACAGUUCAGUUCAUGGACUGUGCAUUCUUGAGGGUUUUUCCCUUUACGUCCUGAAAAUGGAAGAAAACAACGUGAGAUUUACUACAAGUGAUGCAAGUUCCUCAAACAAUGUGAAUCGCUUGGUUUUACCAAGAAUCGAGGAAGACAUGAACAGAAGAAAAAGCGUUACUGCAUCAGAAACGUUUUCUCUUGUAACAAGCGGCAGUAGUCCAUUCAGCCCAGACAUCGACAGCGAUCUAGAGGAAAUGGCGCUUCAAGGAGAUCUUGACGAAGGAAUCGCUGAAUACGAUGAACAGCGUGAACAGCUUAAUGGCGGAACAGAGGGGGAUGCAAAAAAACGAUUUAUGAGCUGUGAAACAGAAAUUCGCCAGAAAGCAAAAGCAGCGUUGACGAAAGAACUCAGAAGAGUACGCAGGCAAGCUGCCGCGAAAAAGAACGAAAUAAGAAAAAAGUUCAAAGUUGUGAUAGAUGAUGCACGGUCGCAACUCAUCGCAUCCCGCAUCGAAGCUGACAAAGCAUCUAUUGAUAAACUGGAAGAGAAAGCAGAGAUACAGCAGGCCAAGAUAUUGCAAGAACGCGCACAGAGGAUAAAAGAGGGAAAGAAAGAGUACGAGUACGACAGAAGUCGCGUGCAUUCCACAGAACUAGGUUUGCUUCGAAAAAUUCAAGCUGACUUGGAUCGCGCACGCGCGAGGAGGAAGCAGAGUCUUGCGGCCGUGUUGAAGACUGUCAACGGAAAGGCUAAGGUAGCUAAUUUGUUGCAGUAUGAAGUGAGAAGACUCGAGCGGGCUGAAGAAGUGCAAAAGAUAAUUGUCGAGCUGUACGAGUUAGAGUUAACACAGGCUGCUAAAAAUCUGACGCGCUCCCUCAGGGCAAAGGAAGAGUUCGAGAACAGAUUGCGCGCGCAACUAAAUGACGAACAGGUAAAAGCUAAGAAAAGAGCCAUGUUGCUUGUUGAGGAUGAGAUCAAAAAAGUACGGAAGCAAUACGAGGAGGAACAGAGGAGAAAAGAGCAAGAAAGGUUGGAGCAAGAAAGGCAGACAAAAGAAAGGGAAGAAAAGGAGAGAAGGGAACGAGAAAUGGCCAAGAUAAAAAAGAUGGCGAGGGAUUUGGCGAUGAGAAAGAUGUUUAAGCAGUCCAUGCUCAAUACAAGCGUUUCCAGGCCGUUCAGUUUUUCAUAUUUUCCGACUUUGAAGAAAUAG